AUGCCCCGCCCACAGGCCCCGCCCACAGGCCCCUGCCGCAGGGAAAGCAACAAGGACAGUUUGGUGACGACCUCCUCCCCUGGUGUCCUCCCCCUGGUCUCCUCCCUCCUGGUAUCCUCCCUUCUGGUCUCCUCCCCUCUGGUCUCCUACCCCCUGGUCUCCCCCCCUUGGUCCCCCCCUGCUCUCCCCUGGUCUCCUCCCCUGGCCUCCCCCCCGGUCUGCUCCCCUCAUGGUCUCCCCCCUGGUCUCCUCCCUGGUCUCUCCCCCCGGUCUCCUCCCCCCGGUCUCCUCCCCCCUGGUCUCCUCCCCUCUGGUCUGCUCCCCUCAUGGUCUCCCCCCUGGUCUCCUCCCCUGGUCUCCCCCUGCUGCCUUUCCCUCGGAGCCUUUGAGGAUGACGUCAGUGAGUGGUGGAAAUGCGAGUCACGUCUUUGA